AUGAACAUAUAUGUUUGCAAAGGAUGCGAUCGACCAUAUAACCUUCAAAAGAGAAAACCAAUGAAUUUGUCUUGUGGUUAUACAAUUUGCAAUCACUGCAUUGAGUAGUAAACCUCUAAUGAAGGAAUUUUAAAAACUUGUCCAUCAGGUGAUUCAUGCUAAUUAAAGGACCAUUCCUUGAUUGUUCCUGCAAAAAAUUUGAUUCAAAAUCUUGAUCAACUCAACAUAAUUAGCAUAAUAUGCGAUAAGCAUCCUUAGAAAAUGAUUAAAACGUACUGCAAAACAACUCAUCAAUUCCUUUGUAAUGAUUGUUCAAAUUCUUCCACAUGCAAUAAUCAUUGUAAGAUAGAACAUUAAAAUGUGAAUAGAAAAGAUAUGGAAGAUUUCAUCCAGCUAAAAACUCCAAUACUUUAAAAUCAUAUUGAGAGAAUUCAAGAACUACUUUAAAGUCUCACAGAAUAUCAAAACAAUGAUAAGAUGUUUAAGUCAACUGAGUUACUUAACUUAAUAUCUCAAAUAAAUGAAUAUUAAAAUAAAAUUAAAUCAAAGAAAGAUUUGAGUUUCUUGUUUGAUAUUCGACACUAAGUAGAUCAGUCAAUACAGAAGGAUAAUGAGGAACAUAAUAAUCUUAGUUUUCAAGAUAUUAAAUAGCUUUAAAUUUGUAAGCCAAAAUAACAAACUGAGUAAGAAGAUGAGCUCUUACAAAUAAUAACUGAACGUGAUAAGCCAAAGUAUUUCAGAAGAUUAGUCGAUUUUCAUCUAAAUAUACUGAAAAAUUAACAAGUCAAAAGCUUUUAAAAUAAUCUUUUACCUCUAAGAGGAAAAUGCAAACUACUAUAUAAAGCUACUGGUGAUUAGUUCACAGCAUCUAGUUUUCAUUAAAAAUGCGAUAAUCAAGGGCCGACGAUUUCUUUUAUCUAAAGUGAGCAUGGACAGGUAUUCGGAGGUUAUACAUCACUUUCUUGGACAUCCCCUGAUAGAGUUAAAAGUUAAAAAGAUAAUGAUGCAUUUGUAUUUAGCUUGAGUAAGAACUCUCUGCAUAAAUAACAUCAAAACCUUGAUAGAGCAGUUUCUCAUCACAAAGAUCAAUUAAUGGUGUUUGGUGGUGGCAUUAGUAAUGAUAUUGCUAUUUAAAAUGAUUGCAAUAAUAAUAGCAAUAGUUUAUGUAGUUUAGGUGGUACUUAUUAGACACCAUUUGGUUUUAACAAGGAAGAAUAAUUUGUUAAGGAUUAUUUAGGUGGAAGUUAUAACUUUAAGGUAAUGGAAAUAGAAGUUUAUUCAGUUUAAUAAUGA